AUGCUCCCCCCCUCCCCCUUUCCCAGGCCAGCUGGUGAGUUGUCAAAAAAGGCGAGUGAAAAAUAGGGAAAAAAUUCGAUUUGUACAGUCUUUUCUAAAUUAGAUGGUCGAUCUGAAAUAAUUGGCAGUCAUGCGCUUGGUGGUGGUGAUACUUGUGGCGCUGGCGAGCGGCGCGGCGGCGUGGGACGAUGGGGAUCUCGAAGUAUUCGACGUGGUGGAAGAAGUUAACCAGAACUUCUAUGAGCUGAUGGGAGUUGCACAGGAUGCAACCCCAUCAGAAAUAAAGUCGGCAUUUAAGAAAUUAACAUUGAAAUUGCAUCCAGAUAAAAAUGAUUCUCCUGAUGCUGAUGUCCAGUUUAGGAACCUGGUAUCUGUUCACAAUAUUCUCAAAGAUCCAGGAAAGAGAGAAAAGUAUAAUGAUGUCCUCAAGAAUGGUCUACCAAAUUGGCGUUCUGCCAUUUAUUAUUACCGACAUGUACGAAAGAUGGGCCUGGCGGAAGGAUCCAUCAUUUUGUUCAUCAUCAUCUCAUUUGGGCAAUACGCUGUCGGCUGGGCUGCUUAUGCUGAGAAGAGGUUUACAGCUGAGCAAAUACUAAACAGUAGGGGAAAGAAACAUUCAAAGAAAUCUGGGUUUGAUGCUGGACUGGCAGAGAUAUUGGAACAACUGCCGAAGCCAAGUGUAAAAGAUACGCUGCCCUUCCAAAUACCGAGGUUCAUCUGGUGGUCCAUUACAGCCAUCCCUCUAGGCAUAGUGGAGCUCAAGAGGAGGGCUGCGGAGAGGCAAGAAGAGGAAAAAAGACAAAAGAAACGGGAAGAAGAAGAGCGCCUCCGAGCCGAACGCGAGGCGGCCGAAGCGGCGAGCCGGCCCUCGGGCGGGGCCCGGCGGCGGCGGGGCUUCGAGCCGCCGGCGCGGGACCACUGUCUACUUGACGCUGCCGAUGCGCCGGAGGACGCGCCUGUGCCCGUGCCUGUCAGGCCUGCGCCGCCGGUGAUCAGCGGCGGAUUAUGGACCGACGACGACCUAGCCGAGUUAGUCCGGCUCGUCAAGAAGCACCCACCAGGCGCGCCCGAGCGCUGGGAGCACAUAGCUAGUGCUAUGGGCCGCAGCGUGCCCGAGGUCACGCACAUGGCGGCGAAACUCAAGGAGAACUGCUACAAGGUGCCUGGACAAGAGGCGAGCGAGCCGGCGCCUGUUGAGCCGCCCAAGAAGGUGAAGACCCGCAAGACGGAGGAGGUGAGCGGCGGCAACUGGUCGCAGGCGCAGCAGGCGGCGCUGGAGACAGCCCUAGCGAAGCAUCCCAAGGGCGGCGCCGGCGACCGCUGGCAGAAAAUCGCCGCGGCCGUGCCCGGGAAGACCAAAGAGGAGUGUAUGCAAAGGUGUAAAUAUUUGUCGGAGUUAGUUAGAAAACAAAAACAGAAGGCAGAUGAAGAAUUGCAAAAGGACACAGAAAACGAACCCAUCGAGGGUGACCAGACCGAUGCCAACUCUGAGUAAAGGCCCGCCCAUUGAGUGUUGCCAGUGUUGUUAUAUUUUUAACGAUGGUAUUUACAGCCUGCCAUAUCGACUGAAUAAGUCUACGAGUUUGUGGAUACGGAAAAAUAAAUUAACUAUCUUUAUAAUAAUUUACAGGAAUUCUGCUUUUUGAUGUACAUUUUCGUUGCUAUAAAAUAUACUUUAGCUAAUCUCUGAUUGAGGGUCCUACGUCCACGACUCGAUGUAUAAACGGUACAGUGUAAUAUGUAAAUUAAAUGUAAGUCAAUAAAUAGGGUUGUUUAUCUAUAUUAUAGCA